AAGAAAGGCAUGGCCAGAUGAAAAACCUUGAAGGAGGAGCCUCAUAAACCCUAGACGGGGUUCCCGGAGAUUUAAAGGAUAGGGAAACCGAAAGUGGAAUCAGAUAUGUCGGACAGAGAAGACGAUAAUGACGCACCCGAAGAGUUUACAGCCGAGCAGGGUGUACAACAAGAAGAGGAGAUAAGGAAAAUUCAGAAAGAAAGCAAAGUGAGGCUUAUCCGUGAAAAAAAAGAGCGUAGGAGAAAAUUGGCUCAGAGGUUAACACCUCGACCAUCCAAAUCCAGCAAAGACUCCCAAGAUGUAUCGGAAACUGAAACUGAAACUGAGCAGGUAUCAACAGAAGAUGCAGGAUUUCUUCCGGAUGACAUUGUCCAGAUGCUUGCAGCUGGAGAGAAACAAGUUUUCCCAUCAGACUCCAAUGAUGACGGAGCUAAAGUUGAGCCUACUUUAAGGAAGAAAAAGUCGAAGAAAACAAGUUUGGAUUAUGAUGGUGAUUCUGUCAUUUUGGACGACAUUGGGCCCCCUCCAUGUUUACAGAGUUCCUUGGAAUUCUUGAAGAGAAGGAAAAUGGAGGUUUCAAGAUCAUCUUCAGUUUUGAACAAUUCCAACAGAGCAUUACGUCUCCUUACUAGCUCUGGUGUUCUGGGCCGAAAUUGAGGAUUUGUUAUCAUCCAUUUUCUAUCAUAAUACUUAUACGCAACUGUCCCGUUUCUUUUGUAAUGCUAUUAUCUGUAGUUAACAGGAACAGAGGCAAAGAGAUUUUCUUGAAA